CAAUGGUUGAGACGUUGUUUUCUCUAGAGGUACAUGUAGAAAGUGUGGAAGAUCUUCAAAUAGCAUGUAAGUUACCAGCAUUGUGCUUUCGUUUGUUGGAUUUCCCAACGAUGAUAAUACAUCAUGUUUCUCCUGUCGACGCCGAGAAAUUACGACAUAGAAUUCGCAUGGAAGGCAAAGAUUCUGUACUUCAUGCUCUAAAAGAUCGCUUUGGAAAUUUCCAGUUUCGUAAAGGUAAAUCUUGCUUAUUCAAAGCAAGCAUAGACACUCUCCUGGUUCAACUACAAACUGUUCCUUUAUAUUCAAUGUUGAUGGAUUUGUGGCCGAAAAAGCCCCUACUUGUCGGAAGCUCGUUGAUUCCUUUAAAGAAGGCGAUAAAUAAGAUCUCUACCGAUGUUUACAAGAAUGGCGUGGCUGUUCCCUCUUUUUACAGAGAUGAGGGUGAUUUUAAUGUUUACAAUCUCAUGGGAAGUUCCAUAGCGAACGUAAAACUUGGUUUUAGGUUAUUGAGUUUGGGAGGGUCACUGAUCCCUCACAUUCCAACAGAAGCCUUGGGUGAGAGGAUUACUGAAAAGAUUGAAACGAACGGAGAAGUUGAGGAAGCUUUAAAGGGAGCUUUGGAAAAAGUAUUGCCUGAAAUUGAAUUAGACGAUGAAAUUACUGAAAACGGAUUCGAUACAAAGAGCGAACGUGAUGCGAGAACUGUUAAGAAACCAGAUGAUAGGCAGAGUGUGGAAGUUCAAACAAAUCUUCCUGUAAAAACUCUCAAAACUUCUAGAACCGUUGAUAGAGGGAGAAAGACAAGCGAGGAAGAUGUAGUGAUCACCAAUACAGUUUGCCCUCCCCCUCUUUAUUAUAAUUAUUAUUCUAAUUCCACACCUUCUGGAAGGUUUCACUCAGAGGCUGAUGGCAAAGGGAUACAACAAAGUUCUUCAUUUCAUGUAGAUCCAAGACACAUACAAGCUGUUGAUCAAGGUGACAUUGCUGAUGUGGACUUUUUGUAUUAUGAUCCUGGUAUGGUUCAAACAGAUGGAACUGCCAAUGUUACAUCAGUUUCAGUACAAACUGAUGAUAAAUUAUUAAAACCACCCUUUGGACAACAGGGUGAUACUGUGCAAUCUGAAUUCAAUCCAUAUAAUCUACAAGGUGUUAUGUCCGAAAGUCAUUUGCCAAUUUUAAAUGCAUUGCUUCAAGAACUUUCUUGUUUGACAAGAGUAGGUGAAACUCAUCCCAGUUCAUUAAGUGUGCAAUCUCCAAGAAUUCUGCCAACUGUUCAUAGCAAAAGAGGUCCUUCUGGUCGUAAAGGAUCACAGAGCGUUCCCAAAGAUGAAACAUACAGAAAACAAAAUGUUCAAGCAGCAUCUCUGAAAAAGUCUCAAACAUCAGUUAUUGGUUUGCCAAGACAAAGAGUACGUUUCAAGCAGACAAGUCUCACUUAUGGAAUGACUAAAACUCAAAAAAUGAGACUAGAGAUGAAUCAAAAGGGGAAAUUACCAAACAGAACUAAACCUUGUGAAGAACACAGGGCUUUAACUGAAAAAGAUAAGAUCAAAAGAGAGCAUGAGAAGAUGCCUUUGCCAACAAGCAAUUUAGGACAGACAUAUAAAAUAGGCAUAGCAAAAAAGCAGACAAAGAGAGAUGCAAAGCAUACAGCAGAUGCACAGGUCCAAACGCAACAGUCAUCCACUGAAGUACCACAUAAUGAAAAAAGUGGGAUUCCUGUAACCACAUGGGUGGUGAAAGAGAGCUCUGCAUUAAUUAAUACUGAGCCACCUCUUCCCAAUACUGACAGUGCAAGGAGCGUUAAGAGUCAAAAUAGUCUGGAAAUUUUCAUCCCUCAGGUUGAAGGAGAACCAGAAGAGAGAAGUGAUCAGGAAAAGGAAUGGACCACUGAUCAGGCUACAGCUGGCUUUUACGGUAACACAGGGAUCUUAGGUGCAGAGCUGGAUGGUGUGCAAGGAAGCUCUGCCAUGACCAUGUACACAGAGGACUUUCAAGAUUCUGGAACAGAGGGGUCGCAUGCAUCAUACCACUUAGCUUUCACAAAGAGUAGCAGUGUUGAAGAUGAAAAUCUGAGGCAGAGAUCAAAUUCUGACAUUUCAUCUGCCAGUCAAAUGUCUCAAGGUAUUUCUGCAGCAUCAGGAAAACCAGUCCUGUCAUCUCAUUCUCCAGUGAAAGCAAAAUCCACGAGGAUACAAGGGAGGAGGGAGGGGGAAGCUGCAGUGGAUGUGAAACAGAAAGUGACAACAUCAGAACAAGAUUCUGUGGCUCAGAUAUCUAACCUAACCAAAAGUUCUUCUAGUUCAUCCAAAAAUUCUGAUGAAAGAAGUGAAGCAAGUUAUUCUGAUGACUUCCACUCUGUUGGCUCAGAACCUGAAAAACAGAACUCCCAAUCUUUAUCUGAUGAUAGUAUUGAUGACAACUCUCAGCACACAAAGCUUAAUCUUCCGCCUCCUGCAAGUAAUCUGGGAUAUACUUAUUAAUCAUGUCAACUGUCUUUGAUCAUUGCAACUGAUAACCCUUUUACUCCAAAGAUUAAG